CUAACCUAGAGCAGGCAAUAUAUUUUUCAACGGUUAUUUGUCAGGUGUCGAUUUGGUGAAUGGCAUCGAUUUGGCGGAAAUAUUUGUUCGAUGCGAAGAGCGUUGAGUUGAAAGCCAAUCGUGAGGAUUGAUCGAGCUGGGGCGAAAGAGUGUCUGGGCAAAUAUUUGGACGGUGAUUCAGACGGAAGCAAAUGACGCUCGAGACGCUUGACCCAGACAUUAUAGCUAUGCUGUCAGAUAAAAAUCGCUAUCUUCCGUUUAAUUUAUUGUCAAAAGUGAUAGCGGAUGUGUAAAGAGUAUUGUAAAUCGUUGACAUCAGCGGGGACUGUGAAACAAGUUUUUGGAGAAUUUACAAAGGGUUUUGACUCCAUGGACUCAUUUGGGUGUAGCAAAUAUCGUUCAACCCAUUUCUAUUUAUAAAUGGAAAAUGCUUCCACCGCUCAAUAUCUCCGGAAGCAGUUUAACCUCGGAGUGCAAAUUUCUGAGCAUUUAUGCUAAAUGAGAUGACCUCGUUGACUUGCAGAAAAAUGCAAAUAUUUUUAAUAUAUUUGGCAUGUAUAAUAGGUUUUAAAAGUUGAGACUUAGAACCGACGUCCGAUAACUUCAAAAAUAGAAUUUAUCGUUCUAUCAUUCUUUCAUGAUAGUACAGAAUUCUCAGGAGAAGGACGUGUGUCGCUCAGAUUAUUCAAACUGAUCGAUAUUAUGUGUUUCGACUGUACCGUUUAACAACAAAUUGGUUCAAACCAGGGCCGUCAAUGUCUGAGAAAUGCCCGAUCACAUUUUGAGAACGAUGAAGAGUUGGAAAAAAACUCUAAAGAUAUAUAUCUUCAAUUUUAAUUGAAAGAGAUCAAAAACAAUGUUUCCGAUUUCGUGAACAGUUUUCUGAGAGAAUCACGAUGCCUUUGAAAGGAAAGAGCAUACGUCGAUCUGACGUUAUCACCUGGCACGAAUUAUGUUUACGAGGCAACGCACACUUUGACUCGCCACGGCGAUUUCGGAACUUAUCUUAGUACGACAUUGUUCUCGUUCGGUCGGUGAUUUUACGAGAAACAAAUGAAAGUCAGGAAGUGUGGAAAAUGUCACGCAGCAAUGUCGCAUGAUAAUUUUUCUUCAUUCGUCAGAGUCCGUCGCGAUGCUGCACAUGCGUUUACUUUUUUACGUGAUGUGUGACUAAAAGAUUAGCAAGUUUUCUGAGAAUUUCGACGUUUUCGAGAAAUAUUCGCAUUUUUUCUUCCGUCAAUUGGAGUUAAUAAAUCGAACGCUCGAAGGGGACUUCCGCACGUCGACUUUCCAUUUACUCUCCGACUUCUACUCAAUUUUCACGGCAUCUCGUCAUAGACGGAUUCUUCCUGUAACAGGACGAUCGUAUUCUAAAAUAUGUAAAUGCAUUCAUUUCCAUCUUCGAAGAUCCAUUGAAUGUUAGGAGCAUAUCACUCCGCCGAGCACAUCUUGAUAUUGCGCGGUGAUUUGAAAUAUUUGCAGACGCGUGAGAUGAACAUUUAUAAUAGUUAUCAGAAGAGAUUUAUUCGCAGUAGACGAAGAAUUGCUCGUCUUGCACAGAAAUUGCAAUAAUUGCAGUACACCGUUACGGCUUUAAUCUACCAAUUACAAAACUGCCUCUUAUCGGUGUUCAACAAACGACGAACUUUUUUAACAUCGUUUAAUCGUGACGACUUUCUAAGUUUCUACAAAGUGAGCCUAAGAACCGAUUUUCGGAAGCUGAUAAACAUAUAUUGAUAAGGAAGAAUAUUUUCUAAAGAAAGUAAAAGUACAUAAUUUCUACAACUGGGUCCAAAAGCAAAGUACAUGAAAACAAGUAUACGAUAAAUGGGUUUACGUUGUAAAGUGGCAGAAAGUAUUUAUUCCAUGACUCAUCCAGCACGAGUAUUCGUUUGCAUUUAGAUAUCAUUGGUAGAACUUGAGAAAUCGAAGAUUUUACUCCUGAUUAGAGGAGAGAACUUGCAAUGCGAGCACGUAUUUAAAAACAUCGAUUUAUCCGUAUUUUAUAUCAUGCCUCGAACAUGGUCGUUAUGUUGUGGUGCACCAUCGAUAUCUGUAAUGAACGACGAAGAGUCUGCACGAGACAUGGGCCUACGGGUUGUGGAGGGUAAUCCCCGCAACAAGACUGCUUUGGCCCCUGGGCACAGUUUGAUGGAUUGGAUCCGGUUGGGUUCCUCAGGGGUCGAUUUAACAGGAGUUGGCGGAAUUCCACGAGUGGUCACUUCGGCUGAACUUGCUAAACACAACAAGCGGGACGAUGCCUGGAUUGCCAUUCGAGGUAUUGUGUACAACGUUACCCGGUACUUGGAUUUCCAUCCAGGUGGGGUUGACGAGUUGAUGAAAGGUGUCGGCACGGAUGGGACCAAAUUGUUCGACAAUGUGCAUGCGUGGGUUAACUAUCAGAGCAUACUUCAAAAGUGUGUCGUGGGUCGGAUGAGCAGAAUUUCCCUGGGAAAUACGGAAAAGAUUGCGUCUGGAGAAUCCAACGAUCCGUCGAGUACAUCUUCUGGUUCAUUAACCAAUAAGAGCAAGCAAAAUAUUGGAGAAACUGCAUUGCAAGAGCAGACAGCCCCCCAAACCAAAAUGGAUUGGAUGCAAACUACCAAUACGAUUACAUUUUCUUUUCGUACUUCGUGUAACCAAAAUGCCGUGGGUUAUAAAUUGCUACGAACCAGUGAUUUAAAGUUUACUUUAAAAAUCGUUGUUGGGAAAGACGUCAUAGUUUACGAGCUUGAAUUGGCCGCGGACGUGAAGUGGCCUCCAAGAUGGAGAAAGAAUCCUGAUAUUACAGAGAUAGAGUUCACAUUCACAAAGCAAAAAGGUGAACUAUGGAAAACGCAUGGCGCCGAGAUGCAGUCUCACGAAAUGGAAAGCAAUACCCGACAGUACAGAGACUAUGAAGUUGUCAGCAAUACUCCGCUUUGUAAAGUAGUUUAUCUUAUAGUUUUGCGCGCUAAAGACUAUGUAGAAUUGGUACCUGUCGGUAGACACAUAGAAGCUAAGAUGAACGUGAUGGGAAUGGAAGUUUCUAGAAUGUACACACCUGUCCCACCGUGCCUUCAUCUCGAAGAUAUACCGGCUAAAUACGAGCCUGACUGUAUGUGUUUAAUAGUAAAACGCUACGAAGAUGGCGCUUUAAGUCCGUCCAUGACAUCUCUGCAACCGGGUCAGACUGUAACUUUGAGUAAUGGUCUGGGUACCUUUGCAAUAAAAAUGUUUGAUCAUUUCACGACAAUUCAUAUGCUAGCAGCAGGAACAGGGUUAACUGCAAUGCUCGGUAUAAUUCAGCGUGCUCUUUGUCGACGUACCGUGCUUUUCAUGAAUCUCAUUAAUUUCAAUAGAAACGAGGAAAGUAUUUUCUAUGACAAAGAACUUGACAGGAUUUCUUUGGAACGAAGAUUUAAAGUUACUCAUAUUUUAUCACAAGCAGGAAGUUCUUGGACAGGUAGAUAUGGUAAAGUUUCUGAAGAAUUGCUCAGUGAUCUUAUAGGUUCUUCGACUUCUGAAGCUUGUGUUUUUACUUGCGGGCCUAAUGCAUUCAUGGAAGUAGCAAGGGGGUUGCUGAAAAAUCUUGGAUGGAAAACUUCUCAGAUGUUCGAAUUUGACGACUAGAAUUAUUAAAUGUAUGUCCACUUUGUUUUUAGAAUCAAUUUUAUGAAAGUACUUAAAUUAUAUUCAUCAUAUUUCAUUGGAUUUACCGAUUAUAGAAACUCUCCGUAAAGGAAGAUCAUUCCUUUUGUCAACUUGAUUUCACUAAAUUCUGAUAUUUUAACGGUUCAAAGCAUUUACGACGGUCUGUAUCCGUAAAACACGUUCACUGUGCUGAUAAGUGACAAAUGCAUUCCAUCUUGGUUUCGUUUUAGUAAGGAAUGUGUUGACAUUAAAUCAUAGAACUUUUUAAAAUGUGAGUCAAAUAUUAAUAUAAUUCCAAUACGAGGAGAUAAAGAUACAUAGAGAAGUAAUGAGAAGUAUUUUGCAUUAUCCGUUCUAAACUGUAAAAAGCUGUUGAUAAAUAUUACCAUAGAUAUGACACAUUCUCUUGAAAUAUAUUUAUUAAGAAAUAUUGCUGAUCGAUGCCAGAACCAAUUUUAUGACCUUCAUAUUAUCGUACAGGUUCAAAACGUGCAUUAUGUCAGUAUGAUCGUACAAAGGUUCAAGUGGAACAGAUUGCACAAGAAGGGUAGCCGUAUGGAUAACUCGUUAAAAAAUAUUAUCCUAAGGAUAUAACUUUAUCCGUCUAGGGUGUUCCGGUAUCAAUUUAAUUAUUGGAACGUUUAGUUAUGUAAAAAUUCAACAAAAAUUCGUAUUUAUUUGUACUGAUCAAUGGACAACUAAUAUUUGGAGUAUACUUAGUUUAGCAGUAAUACAAGAAUUAUAAAUAUGUACAAUUCAGUGUAAAUAUGUUUCGGGUAUAUAUUUCUGUCUUGAUGUUUAUAAGUACAUUGUAAUGUAUAAUGUAUUAUUACAUAAUACAUGUACUGAUUGUUAGGAAUAAAUGAGACUCGAAUGGUU